AUGAAUACUGACCUAAAAUAUAUUACCCCAAGUGAUAAUCCGGUGAACCCGGCAAAUUCACCCUCUGCGGAGGCAUGGACCCAUGGAUUUUGGGGGGGUCCAUCAGUAUUCGUCAACCGGUCAGAGCUGUGCAGCCUGGCUGACGUGCCUUCGGGCAGAACUCAAACCGACGCGCCUUCGGGCAAAAAUCUGACAUACGCUAAUGACCCUAAUCUGACCAUAAUUGACGACGCUGGCUACGUCCUGUCAGCCAGAAGCACGCUGCGUCUCAAAGUCGGCGGAGACAAUGAGGACAAAAAUGGAGAGUGCGGUUCGUCCUUUAACACGCCGACUUUCCAAGGUAAACGUAGGAAACUCGCCGAGGACGACCUAAGUCCCGACCCGAGUGGCUCUCUGAGUACGCACGCUUUGGACAUUGAGAAGUACUCGGACGAGGUAAGCACGCAAAUUAUUGACUCCCGAGCGAUCCUCGAAGACAUGAUCAAAGAAACAAAGGUAGCUAGAAGAUGGGUAAGCACCAUCGGUCUCCAGCUUGACGAAAUCCUCGUUAGCAACAACCGCCUUGCUCGUACAAGCUAUAGAUUCCUCGGAAUGUGGGAAGAACAGCGCAGCGAACUCCGAGCGUUUCAGGAGCAUAUAAAUGACCUCCAUAGCGACAUGGGCGCUCUUAAGGAACGAUACAGUCAGUGCCAGGCCGACAGAGACAGUGCCAAGGCGGAAUUGGUAGCCCUCCGUGCGUCCGGCAGUUCUGCCCCCCAGCCGUUAAGUACGCCAACCAGGCUUAUACCGCCACCCGUGGAAUAUAUCGAUAUAGAUGAUGACACCAUAAUGGUAGUUAGUCCAUCCGGUUUAUCCUAUGCUGCUGCUGCAGCCAGACCGACAAUGUCGCCUUCCUAUUCUAGAAAGGAAAGGAAAAAACAGGAUGAUUUCCCUGUGCUUAAAACACCAUUAGCGCCAAGAAAAAGUGCCAAGGAUAGGCUGGGUACCAAAAAACCCCCAAAGACCACCGCGAAGCGCUUAGCGACGAUAAAAGCCAGGGACAGAUCCGCCAGGACAGGCCCAAGAUUCGAGGUCACAACGGGGGGUCGAGGGAUGGCAGGACCUUCGUAA